AGGACCCAAGCAGAGCUGCUUCUCAUGGGGCUGGCAUGGUGCCUGAUGGCUGCCUUCCUCCUCCUCCUCCUCUUCCUGGGUAUGAGCACUGGCCAGCGUGUCGUGACUGUGCAGAAGGGGCCUCUCUAUCGCGUGAGGGGCUCCCAUGUCACUCUGUGGUGCAAGGUGAGCGGCUACCAGGGCCCGUCGGAGCAGAACUUCCAGUGGUCCAUCUACCUGCCCACGGCCCCUGAGCGGGAGGUGCAGAUCGUCAGCACCGUGGACCCCUCCUUCCCCUACGCCAUCUACACGCAGCGCGUGCACGGCCGGGGCAUCUACGUGGAGCGGGUGCAGGGGGACGCCGUCCUGCUGCACAUCACCGAGCUGCAGGACCGGGACGCUGGCGAGUACGAGUGCCACACACCCAACACCGACGAGAGGUACUUUGGGAGUUACAGCGCCAAGACAAACCUCUCAGUGAUUGCAGACACACUCUCGGCUUCCAUGGUGCCCCAGGUCCUUACCCGCACCGAAGGGGAGACAGUGGAGCUCACCUGCGAGGUGUCCAAGUCCACCGCCCAGCACACACAUCUCUCUGUUGGCUGGUACCUUCUUCAGGGAACAGGAGAACACCACACCAAGGAGAUCCUCACCCUCUCCAAGGACUUUGUCUUGAGGCCAGGACCCUCUUACGUGCAGAGAUUCCUGGCAGGGAGUGUGCGGUUGAACAAGGUUGGGAACACCACAUACAGGCUCUCCAUCGAGCAAGUGGAGUCAUCUGACCAGGGGCAGCUGUACUGCGAGGCAGCCGAGUGGAUUGAGGAUCCUGAUGAGACGUGGAAGGACAUCUCCCGCAAGCAAACAGGGAGGACAUCACUGGCAAUCAUAAGCCAGGGCAGAGACCUCUCAGUGAAUAUCGCUGCUGCUGAAAACUCCCUUUCUGAAGGGGAUACCUUGCAGCUAAAUUGCAUGGUGGGAUCCCAGAAGACCAGCAGCAGGCAAUUCCAAGUGCUUUGGCUCCUCAAUGGUGUGGAAGUGGCCAGAGUUGACCCUCAUGGGGUAUUGAUUUGGAAGGAAGAAUAUGAGGAGAGAGCCAAGUUGGGGCAGCUCCGAGCAUUCAAGCAAAGCAACACAGUUUACAUCCUCAUCAUCUAUAAGGUGGGGCUGAAGGACAACGGUACAUAUCACUGCUCUGUUUCGGAGAUGAAGACUGCUGAGCACUUUCACAGCAUCCAAACCAAUCUGUCAUCAGGCAUCCAAGUCAACGUGAAGCCAAUAGAGAGCCGUUUGCGCCUGUCCGUGUCCACCAGCACACCACAAGUCGUGGCAGGAGACACCCUGGUCCUCCUUUGCCAGGUGGCAGGAGCAACCAGCCCAGUGUCCGUGCAGUGGUGGCAUCUGCCACCGCAGCACGCGGAUCCCUGGGUGUUGGUGGCCACCAUGGAGAGGGAUGGCACCCUGAGCCUGGGCAGCACCUACCAGGACAGCAGGACACGGGGGAGCCUCCGGCUGGAGAAAGCAAGUUCCGGUGCUUACACUCUGGUCAUCCCCAACACCUUGGAUGAAAGCGAUGGCGGGCGCUAUGGAUGCAAAGCCACGGAGUGGUCUCGAGGCCAGAGCUGGACAGAGGAGGGGGAGACGGCCGUCACAGUCAGCUCCAUGGGUCUUGGCCUGCAUGCCACACUGAGAAGCCGAACUGCCACCAUCAGAUACGGGCAGAGUCUUGAACUCAUCUGCCAAGUGAGCGCUGGCUACACCCUCGAGGAGGUGCCAGUGUCAGUGAGGUGGGUCUUCCAGCCCAGCCCAGCCACUGGCCACUACACCGAGCUAGUCCGGGUCUCUCCCAGCGGCACAGUGGCCUGGGGAGCAAUGCAGCCACACUUCCAGGGGAAAGCCCAGCUGUCAAAGGCCGACACCUCCUUCAGGCUGCACAUCCACAAUGCUGCGGCUGCCCACGAGGGGAAAUACCAGUGUGAGGUGGAGGUCUGGAGAAGGAACACCCUGCCCCUGGGGCAGCCAGCUGCUGUUGCCAAGUCCAAUGCUGUGGGGAUAAAGGUGGUACUGCCAGAAAGUAAGCUUCGGGUAGCUACGAAAGAGAGCUCUGUGGAGAUUGCUGGUGGUGCUGACACAGCCAUUGAAUGCCAGAUCCUGUUUGCCCCAAAUAAUUCUCAGUUUGCCAUUACCUGGUACCUCCUACGUCCUCCUCCAGCAGAUGUAACUCCCCUGCAAAUCCUAAGGACCAACUACAGCAGCAUACUGGAAUAUGGGGCUGAAUUUAGCUCUCCUACACAAAAGUCCCGGUUCCUGAGUCAGAGGGUGUCCAGCAAUGUUUUCUGGCUGCGGGUGCUCUCUGCAAACCCCAGGGACCAGGGCAAGUACUACUGUGUGGUAGAGGAAUGGCUCUGGCUGGUGGAUGGCUGGUACAAACUUGGAGAGGAAACAUCAGGAAGGACCACACUGGAGUUCAAACUCCCAGAGCGUGAACUGCAGCUGGAGAAAACCAACGGCAGCGUUGUGGUGAGGGAGGGUGAGGAGGUGACGCUGCAGUGCCUACUGCAGGGUGCCCGCCUGCCCGCCGCAUACUUCUCAGCCACCUGGUUUCGAGGGGAGGAGAGCAGCCAGGACAGGCCCCUGAUCACCCUCCACCGCGACGGUGCUGUCGAGUACCCCCAUGAAAACCUGAUGAGGAGGCUGCAACUCCGCCGCCUCAGUGCUGGCGACUUCAGCCUCACACUGCGCAGUGUGGAGGAGGGCGAUGCCGGGGCCUAUCGCUGCCAGGUGCAGGAGUGGCAGUGGCAGAGCCAGGGCAAGGACUGGGCCUUGCAAGCCUUGGCACGCUCGGAGUACACCCAGCUCACCACCAUACCACCAGAGUCAACUGUUUUGUCUAGGAUUUGCUCAUCCCCACCACUGCUGAACUUCAUCCUAUACUUACCACUGAUUCUGAUCCUUCUCCUGGCCCUUGCUGUCUGCUGCUCGUACUUCCAAUUCAGAAAAAGCAAAAGCAAGAGGGGCAAUGUCACAGGAGUCCAGCUGAUGGAACUGGAAGGGGCUGGCUCCGUCAAGAAAACUUAGCUGGUCUAUCAAUGGCAGAUGUAACUUGAAGAAGCAGAGCUGGACAACUGAGGAGAACUUGCCGAGGGGCUCUUUAUUGUUUUGUAGUAGCUCUUGCAAUGAAUCUUUGAAAUGGCAUGUUUACUUUCAACAGAAUGAAGUGGCUUUGAAUUACUAAGAAAAUAGGGUUUUCAUAGGUUUAGCAAGUGUUCCCGUCUUUUAGGUUAGGCACCCAUGCAUUUCACACUCUUCAUAUACUUGAGGCCCUAGCAGUAUGCAUCUCCCACUGUGAAUAGAAGUGCUGUUAUUCCUCUACAGGUACAAAGGGAAAAAUAGUUCUUUUUCUACUGUGACACUAAAGUGUCAAAUUGCUACUCAUUUUAUGUGACUUGACAAAAUCUAUGUGGUGUGCAGGCUAAAAAA